UAAGAGGUUUAAGCUAAGGUUCAGUCAUUUUCUUCUGCGCACCCCAAAUCUCGACGGCGAUUUCUGGGUCUCUGUCGAGAAUAAAAAAGUAUUGAUCAGGGUGAUUUCAUUUGAAGAAGAGAUGGAGCAGAGCCCGGCACCAUUUUCCGAAAUCGGCAGGCGGGCAAGAGAUCUACUGACCAAAGACUACAAUUAUGAUCAGAAGUUCACCUUCUCUAUUCCGAGCUCCAGUGGGGUGGGAAUAACAGCUACUGGUGUGAAGAAAGAUCAAAUUUUUAUUGGUGAUAUAAGUACUCAAUAUAAGCUCGGAAGUACAGUUGUCGAUAUCAAAGUUGAUACCUAUUCCAAUGUCUCAACAAAAGUUACACUGGUUGACGUUUUCCGAUCCACAAAAGUGUCCUUGGGCUUCAACAUACCUGAUCACAAGUCUGGCAAGCUCGAUGUUCAGUACCUUCAUCAGCAUGCUGCCAUCAAUUCCAGUAUUGGCUUAAAUCCCUCCCCUCUCUUGGAGCUCUCGGCUGCUAUUGGCAGCAAGGAUUUAGCCCUUGGUGGUGAAAUAGGAUUUAAUACUGCUUCAUCUUCUUUUACCAAGUGCAAUGCUGGGAUUAGUUUUAACAAACCGGAUUUUUCUGCUGCACUUAUGUUAACGGAUAGGGGACAAGCUGUGAAGGCAUCAUAUGUACACUCGGUAGAUCCAGCAAAUGGAACUGAAGUCGGUGCAGAGAUGAUACACAGAUUAUCUACCUACGAGAACAGCUUCAGCAUCGGGAGUGCUCACAAAGUUGACCCAUUAACAUCAUUGAAAACUAGAUUUUCUGACAAUGGGAAAGUUGCAAUGCUUUGCCAGCGGGAAUGGAGGCCAAAGUCACUUAUUACUUUCUCAGCCGAGUAUGACACGAAGGCAAAUAAUUCAGUACCCAAGUUGGGUCUUGCCCUUGCUUUGAAGCCAUAAAACCUGCACUCUCUCUAAUUCAACCAGUUUUACUUUGGUAGCUUGACUUUGUUAAAAUUCUUUCAGAAGGCCUCAAGUGUUGCCCUUUACAUCUUACAUCAUUUUUUUUGUUUGUUAAGAUUCAUAUAAUGAUGAUAAAUUUGAAAGAAUAUGUUGUUACAGUAGCAUUGUUGCAUAAGCCUUUUCAAGGUUUACUGACUUUCUAUUACCUUGAAACUAUUGAUACCAUGUAUUUUUUGGAGAAUGAAAUAUUUCUGAUGCUUCGCGUUUUUCGCAA